AUGAAGCUCUCUUGGAUCGCUGCUCUCGCUGUCGUCGGCACUGCCAUUGCCGUCCCUGCCCCUGGCGGACCCAGCACUCAGCUUAAACCCGGCGCGCCAUGCAAGAAGGACGGAAGCCUUGGUAUUUGCCCAUCCAAGGUCUGCAUCCAAAAACCCGACCAGGACCAGGGCCACUGCAAAUAA